ACACGACCAAUGUUUCAAUAGGCUCAUUCACGCACAUGCGCAGACCUUUUAAAGGCAUGAUGGUCUGCGGCAGAGUAGGGAUGCAGGUAUGGAAGUGUCAGAUCCAUGCCUUAGUCAAUGAACUACUCCCUCUCACAACGACGAUGGCAAUAAAUUUUGCCCUUUGGAUUGUACACGCAGCCAGAGAAUAGACAUCUCUAUUCUCUGACGCAGCAUAUUUCUGAUGUAGCGCACGCGCUGUUCUUUUUACCCUAUGUAAUACAAUAGGUAAGACUGCAAUAGAAGAAACAAAGUCCAUUUGCCUCCGCUUCAGCGUCAUUUACUGACGCCACUUUACCAUCAACAUCCUGUGAGUUUGGUGCGUUUUUUUGCAUUAACAGAAUAUUAGUAAUUCUUUAUCGAAUUUUUUUCAACGUUCUUUCUAAAUAAUAAUAAUUGUGUUUGUGCGUGUUAUACUUUGAUAGUGUACAUAAAUAUUGCAGAUAUUACGAUUAUCAGAGCAUUUAAAAUUCUUUUGCAGUGUUUCCACGUGUUCAGCGCAACGAAUAUACAUACUUCAUUGAGUAUAAGAUUGUUAAAAUAUAAUGGAUUCUUCACUUUUAUGUUCCAUUUGUCUGCGAGAGCUGGCAGCUGAUUCGACUACUGUGGUCUAUGAAAAAGGACUACAAACGUUGAUUAAAAAAAGCCAAGAAAAAGGUGACGAUAAAUGGAAGCAAUGGAUUGGUAAACAAAAUUAUACUUUUCACCUUAACUGUCGGAAACGAUACGCUGUAUCAUCUUCGCGACGUGAAACGCAGUCGGUAAAAAAACCCAACACAAUGUCUUUGCCAAUAUCUUCUAAAAUAGUUUCUACUCUGCAAUCAGCAGCAGUCGUAAUACCCUCUUCCCCCUCCGCCUCUGGAUCAUCUACAUCAUUCUCUGAAUUUCAAAAUGAUUUUCAAUUCGACAAACUAUGCUUUAUAUGUGGAAAUGUAUGGGAUAAAAGAAAACCUGGAUCGAUCGUCAGCGAAAACAGAAUUAAAGAUCGUUUAAUUGCUGCUGCUAGAGAACAUGAUAAUUCUUUUGGAGCUCCUAUUAUCGCACGUCUACAAAGCAUCGAAUCUAUUGUUGCAUCAAAGGCACGAUAUCAUACAGCAUGUUAUAGAAAAUUAAUAUUAUUACUCUACAAAAAACCUUCAUGUCCCAAAAUUAAAGAAACAGAUAUUAUAUUCCAAAGAAUAUAUGAACAUAUCGAAUCAAGUGGUGAAUUUAAAUUUCAUUUGUCGACUUUACAAGCAUUAAUGGGUGAUGAAGAGAAUAAUCAAAUUUGCACUCGAACUUUAUUUCGACAUUUAAAAAAAAAAUAUGCAGAUGAUAUUUUUAUAUUCCAACAUAAAGGCAAAGAACCUUUAAUCUAUUAUAAAUAUCACAAUAUGGCACAAAUUUGUCGCGAUUGGUAUGGUGUUAGUGAGUCUCUCAGUGAAUCCGCGAAACGAACUAUACUUCAAGUAUGUGCCGAGAUUUUACAAGAUGAAAUUAAGAAAUUUCAAUACAACACAACAACUUAUCCUGCACCUCAGGCAUUUCUCGAUACUGUUGCAUCAGACAUACCUCCACUUCUUAAUAGUUUUUUACAUAGAUUAAUAAUAACAAAUAGAAAGGAGCAGUCUAAUGAAUCUUCACUUUACAUCAAAAUUGAAAAUCUUGCCCACUCUAUUAUAUCAGCACUUCGCCCAAAAUCAUUUAUCUCAUGUCUUCAAUUAUCUUUAGGAACGUACAUCUAUCGUAAGACGAGAUCGAAAUUAGCUAUAAGUUUAUUAAACAGAUUAGGAGUAUGUUCGUCCUACCAUAAUAUCCAACUCCACGAAGCUUCAACUAUUAUUCAUCCACAAGAAACUAAAAUCGAAGAUGCAUUUGUCCAAUAUGUUUUUGAUAAUACUAACCACAAUGCCAGUACUUUAGAUGGUCGUGAAACCAAUAUCAUCCCUGAUACACCAUAUGACAGUAAUUGUGCUAUUUGAGAAAGGAGCAAAAAGGUAUGGAAAAUGGUGUCAAAAACAGUUGAUAAAAUUUCGCUUACUCAAGUUUUACUCAAAUUUGUAAAAACUGCGAAAGGAAACCUUGAGAAAACAAAGCGAUACAAUCUGCAGAACAAUCAUCAGAAAUUUGUAAUGUUGGAGAAGAUAAUGAUGAACUUGAAGAAGAAGAACAUCGUUUGGAAGAAAUGUCGGAAACGGAGGAGCAGAUCAAAGAAGAAUUAGAUUGUACAAACACUGCAGAAUUGAUGGAAAUCGAUUUCGACAAUUAUUUAUACAUAAAAGCAUAAAUCGUAAAAACAAAGGUCAACUUAUGGAUAAAAAUUUUAUAUGAAAUAGGAAGUCACUCAAAGUAUGUUGCAUAGUAUAAAAAAGGCAAAAAUUAUUAAAUAAAGAUACAAUUCAUAAGCUUA